AUGGACACUUCUGGCAGCAAGUUACAGCAGAAGGCUCUGCAGCAACCUAAGCAGAAGAAAUCCAAGUCGGCUGAAUUUCUGAUGGGCGGAAUGGAGGAGAGUGCUGUGGUGGAAGGCAUUGACAACCCUGUCUUCAAUGGUAGCUACAGCACAGAGCUUUCAGCUUCUCAGGCUUCAGCAGGGAGAGAAAUUCAACGUGACAGGCAAGAUAGCACCCUUGCAGCUCACCAACAAAAAAUGGAGCUGCGAGCCCCUGCCAAACCAAGAGGAAAUGAGCGUGCCCGAAAUUACUUUGACCCAGCGCUGGUGCAGGAAACCAACCCAAGGCGGUGCGGGAUGGCGGAGGUCGGCACAGAAGAUGAGCUGGAAUUAAAAAUAAUGAACCAAGAUGAAAAGGGCCUAUUUCAGAAAAUGGCUGAAAUGCUGGACGCUGACGAUGACAUAACCAUCAUAGAGUUACCAGGUAUGGCGCUAGCCCACAGGGAGGAGGAAGAGGUGUGGAAGGUAAGGGCCGGUGAUCCAACGCUGCGUGUCGGUGCCGGUGCUGCAGGCCGUGGGCGCUUCAUGGCGGCAGUGGAAGAAGAGGUGAUCCCCCGCUAUGCUCAGCAGCUAAGGGAGCGCAUGCUGCCUGACAUGAUCACGCUUGGCAGCCUUUCACUGGAACAGGAACCCCAGGCCGAGUCACACAGAGACUGUGACCAACAGGAGAGGAUCCUGCAAGACAGGCUCUAUGCAGCGUUCCAACGCGCAGAGAGCCAGUUGCUGAAGGCGCUGAGGGAGCGCAAAGGUGAAGUGAUCGCCAAAUACGGCGAGAUGACAGAAGCCUCCUCCGCAACAGAAUCACCGUGGGCCAGGGAGCCAGGCCUCGGCUGGCAGAGUCAUGGAUGGCUGGAGAGAGUUCCAGAGCCUAGGAGCAACCCUAGAGAAGGCCCUGUCGCCGAAGCUCUGGAGCUUCGACCUGGGGAUGUCAAGGUGCUGUGGUGCAACGGAAUGCGCGUGUGGGUUGGUAGAGGAGAAGGUCUGAGAGGAGAGUGCAGUGCCCUCAACACCCAGAACCUCAAGCCUGGUGAGGAGGAUCUGAUGGCUCACCUUGUCAGAAGCGGUACUCAGGUCAAGGACAAUCAGGAUGUUGAGGGCACCAACAUCAGCAGAGGUGAGAAGGUUAUUGAUAACUUUGAGAAGGGCAGUUUCAGGAGAUUCAAGGACCCCGCUUUAGCGGCCAAUUUCGCCAACAAGAACGUGGAAGCAGCUGUUGUACCGCAUGGUGUGGAACAAAUGGUGGAGUGGUCGCAGAGUCCCCAGCCCAUGGAAGUGCGUGUGCGCUGCCUACGGGCAGUCAGGGACAAGCUGCCCAGGGGCCUUUACAGCCUCAGUGUGGCCCUCCACAGCCGUCUGGGAGGCCCCGCCCUCACCUGGUCCUGUCUGAAGGAGGAGCAGUGGGCUGGGACCACAGAGCCCGUGGAGCACGGGGGCCACUUCUACGACACAGAGCUGCACGUCAACCAGAGCCUAUUCACUAUCCUGCCUGCGUCGUGUGACAUGCUGCCCUCCAUGGUCCUGCUGUUCAGGCUGCUGGGCCUGACGGGGGAGCGGAGACAGGUCGGCACCACACUAGGCUGGGCCGCCUUCCCUGUCUGCCACGCCACCCUCACAACUGUCCAGGGGCGCUUCAAGACCCCCAUCCUCAGGGGGCUCCCGCACCCCCACCUCGACCAGUUCCGCAAGAUAGAAGGCCUUAUGUCAGCCGACCUGGACAACUGGCUGUGUAAUCUGUACUUCCAGGUGAGGAAGCUCCCCAGUGGCAGCUCCAGAGGGGAUGAGGAGCACAGUGUCACCCUGCAGAUCCCUCCUCUCCUCGUCCCCCACUCGCCCCCCCAGGCAGGCCCAAGCGGCACCAGCCCCAGCCGGGGGAGAGGCGGCAUCAAGCCGUGUCACCGGGGGUCCCCUCUCCACCUGUCUGCCUCACACUCCUCCUCUGCCUGCUCCUCCUCCACUCUGCCAGGUAGGGCUCCCCCACUGUCACCCCCAUCACCCCCUACUGCCAGCGGCCACAGUGGGGGACAAAUUUCACCUAAUGUCACAGACAGAGUGGCAGGUCUCCAUGGCUGUCAAAGGAGGUCAGGCAACAUCCUGGCCAACGGAAGUGUCCCCGACAAGAGCAUUCUGGGAGAUUUAUGUUCUGCCACACAGGCAAAGUACCAGUCCUCCGAACCCACCUCCUCCACUCUACGAAAAGAAAGAGGGGGGAACAACAGAGAAAAUUCAGGUGAGGAGGUGGCUGGAGAAGAAGUGAACCUGAUCCGUACCUUGAGUAACGGAUCAAAAGGUGUCCCUCACAGCACCUCGCGGAGGCCCGUUAAGGCACCGCUCCUGAAGAACUCCACAGUAGUGGUCCCUGAGAAAAUAGAGGAGAUGAGAGAUCCCUACACAGAGAAAGCAGAGACAUGGAUGCACUACAAGAAGAAGCCAAUCAACAAGAUAAAUAGCUCGAGCGCCCAUGUGAGAGGGAGCGCUGCACCUCCACCGCUUCUGCAGGGCCAGGCUGACAAACAGGAGACAGCAGCUCCGGCUGCAGCAUCAUCGGAGAAGAGGGAGAAUCUCUGGGCUAAGGAGAUGGAGGAGUAUACGUUCUCCCUACAGCCUGUGCUCUCCUACAGAGGGCAGGGCGGUGGCGGCACCGGCAGUGGUAGCAAUGGUGGGGCUGCUGAGCGUACACAUUUGGCUCUCCGCAUGAUCCCGUCAGAGCUGGGCCUGUCACCGCGGCGCUGGGGCUGGCGCUCCUCCUCAGCAGCAGCAGCAGCAGCACAGCUCUGCCUCAUUAUGCCGCUCCUGGCUUUGAUCUGGUUUGCAAGGCUCUACCUGCAUUACUGCAGCCAGUGGCUCUUCCUCCAGGCCAUCGCAGUUCCUGUCAACAAAUUCCAGUUCCAUGCUCACACCGUGGAGCUGGUCUACCAGAAUUCCUUGCUUCAUACCCGCGAGGAGUUGGCUAUGGUCGUGGUGGGACCUCUGACCUUGAACGCCGUAACGUUGCUGCUGCUCCUGAUCAGAUGGGGCUGUCAGCUAGCGUUUGGCUCACUCCCCUCCUUCACGUCAAACUUUAUCAUGGCUUUGGGAGUGUGGACAGUGCUGGACCCGCUGGCGGUCUUUGUAGUGGAUGCCGUCCUGGGGCGUCUGUCCUACAGUGCAGAGUCUCCUGUUGCGGAUGCAGCCAAGCUCUACUGGCACUUCUACCGGACCGACCAAUCAGGGGCAGCUGGAGUGGUCAUCACCCUCUUCCUCUAUGCCAUCCUUUUCCUCCUCUCCACCACCAUCCUCUACCUCUACUUCCUCAGACUCCACAACGAGGGGCGCAUGCUGGACAUCUUCCAGCGUCUCAGCAUGACCGAGGGAUCCUUCUUCGUCCCCCGGGACCUGGAGGUGUCCAACCAGGAACUAGACUACAUCAUCCAGAAGGCCGAGCAGUGGAGGGGCUUCAAUGGAGAAAGACGCAAGGUGUCAGUGUAUGACUACAUCUGGACAGAGGAGGGCCCCUGUGCCCCCCCCAGGGGUGACCCUCGUGGGGCCGUGCCCGCUGCAGGGGGCGAGAGCAGUACCCACGUGUCUGUCUACACCCUCUACCUGAGCGGGCAGCGCCACCGUUACAGGCACUUCCUACGCCAACCAGACGGUGCCAUCCUAGAGGUGAUUGGUGACAUGGACGGGGCAGAGCCUCCUCUCAGCACUAUGCCCCGCCCAGGUCAGAGGACACCAGAGGUGAACCAGGAAGACGAAGGCACAAACUCCACCCUCCAACUCAGGGAGAGGAAAAGGAGGAAGCCUGUUUGGCGUACUCAUCGCGUUGAGCCAGUAGGAGACAGUGGGCAUGGCUCGAGCUGCACUGCAAGGCCUUAGCCACUAAUGUCACUGAAGUGAAACAAAGCAGGAGAGGACACCCAGGACUCUUCUGUUUGCGGAGAACGGCCGCUGGAUCCUAAUGGCUGAAAGUCUUCAGCACAGAGUCAUCUGGAGAGACAAGGCACAGCGGCUCCUUAGAUGAUUAAAAAGUAAUUUUCUUAACUGUCCUCAUAGGAUUUGUAAAAAAAUAAAUGUUCAAAAAUAACAUUAAAUUGCUCCAAU